AUGGAAGCAUAGUUUGCAGAUUCAUCUGCAAAGCUUACUGAGAAAGUGAAACUGCAAUGAAUAUAUUAAAAAAAAAAGCCAUCCUGGAUGAAACUUAAUGUAACUCAUAAGGAAAACACAGCUGUCUUGCAUCCAACCUAUGGACCUAAAGACAAAUGCAGUAAAAGAAUUUAAUUUGAAAAUAAGGACAAGUCCUUAUCCUUCACCAAGAACACUUCAGAAGAUGAUGGUCUCCAUCAUGCUUUUGAAGUGUCUGGGAAACAAAAUAAUUCUGUGUUUACCAAGCCAGGAGGAAAUGUUGCUUUUACUUGCCCUUGUAAAAUUGGAGAUUCAGUGCAGCGAGUGAUGUGGGAAAGGAUUAAAGCAGAUUGGGCGGGUAUUGUCAUUCUGUGCAACUCAUCAGGAAAGCAAAGCUUUGGUUCAGAUUUCAAAGAAUGUACACCAGUGGAUUGUUCUGAUCAGGAAAACUCCAGGACUGUCUUUCAAAACACUACAGCCUCUGACUUUGCACUGGACUUCCAUCUAUGGGCAACUUGGGAUCACAAAUGGUUUAUUAUCUACAUGGCUGAAGGGAUUUGGAUUUGUGCCGCUGUUUUGGUAUUAGAUUUCCUACUAAUCUUCUGCAUCACCACUGCUUAUCACAAAAAAAAAAAAAAGAAGUGGAAGAUCACAGAGGCUUUAUCAAAAGCUUUGUACUCUACUCAGAUCUGGGUAAAUCACUUGUUAAGAUGA